CCCUUUCUUGCUGUCAACCAGUUCCCGAUCUACUUGGUUGCCUCGUUUCUUCUCCGGCUACCGUCGGCGGAUUUUAUGCAAAAUCUUGUCUUUCUAACUCAUCUUUUAUCGUAAUCCACUCCUUUUCGUGAAGAUGUUUCCUUUUGUGUAACUAGUUUUCGUAUUAAUGGAUAUUAAGCUGCUAAAACAAGAAACGGAGGAGCUGUCCUAUCCCAGGGACCUUCUUUGGCGACUCGCUGGCGCAGGAUUAAAUAACGAACGCCCUCCUAUGAAGCUUGAUAUAGAGCCGGAGUUAAGCUUGGGGCUUUCUCUCGGGGGAUGCUUUGCCUCGGAGCCAAGGGAGAUGCGGCUCGUGCGGUCGUCGUCUAUUGCAACGCUCUCAGUGUUCCCAAAUGAGCCGGCCUCUUCGUCUCUUGUGCGAACUUGCUCUCUUCCCGUUGAGGCCAACGAGGAGAAUCGGAAGCGGAAGGAGAUGCAGAGCUUGAAAAGGCUUGAGGCGAAGAGGAAGAGAACGGAGAGAAGGAGCAGUUGGAGACCUCCGAUGGUGUUUACGGGGAGCGGGGAUCCUAAAGAGGAACCGUCUAGGGCGAUGGCGCUUCGGAAGGACAGUUCGGAUUUUGAUGGAGGGGCGUUGGAAGAAUCGGAUCUCUCAAGCUUAAGCAACUCUUCAGCUGUUACUUCAUUGCCUGACACCGCUCACAAGUCCGUUGCUACAGAUUCAAUACCGCAGCGGCUAAGAUCCCUAAAUUCUUUGCAGGGAGAUGAUAUAGCGUUGAAGAGGAUGACAGACAACAUAAACAGACCGCAAGAUAUGGGAAGGAAUAUGAUGGAUGAGAUGCCGUGUGUGUCAGUUAAAGGAGAUGGCCUUAAUGGAAGGAGGAUUGAAGGCUUCCUCUACAAGUAUAGGAAAGGUGAAGAGGUAAGGAUAGUCUGUGUUUGCCAUGGCAGCUUCCUUACUCCAGCAGAGUUUGUCAAGCACGCUGGAGGAGGCAACGUGACCCAUCCUCUCAGGCAUAUAGUCGUUAACCCUUCCCCUUCAAUUUAUUACUAAUGCUUCUUAUGUGGACUUCAGGAUUUCAUCUACUACCAAGCUUGAUCUGUCACUGAAGUAUCAAGGGAAGGAUAGUCUCUUCUUUUUUACUCCAUUCUCGAUUCCCUUGUCGUGAAGUCCCAUCCCUUCUUUUUUUCUUGCUUUUUUUUUUUAUUUUCCUUGAAUGAAUGAAUGAAUGAAUGAGAGAGCAUAUGGAAGAAGUCUUUACUUGUUGGCUUUUUUGAUUCCUUCGACUUUUCCUGUACUGCAUGGGGUGAUUUAUGUCUACUUGUUGGUAUCCAUAUCUCCUAGUGUUCGUCUUCUGGGUUUCUUAAUUCCUUAUUGCGGUAAUCUCUCUCACAAUUUUUUCGCGGUGUUAAGAAAAUUAUAAAUGAAUAGCUCCUCUGUCCAUAAUUGUCCACGCUUGUCGGCCUUUUGCUUUGUUUCAUUGUUUUAUGCGGAUUUGUUCGUUAUAGACGUCUACUUUUUGGGUGAUUAUGCUUCUUAUGGUAUUUGCAGG